UUUAUCUAUUUUCAUAUCCCCUUCCUUUCCUUUCCUUUCUUUAAUAAAAAGGGGUCAACAUAAUGAUGUUAUUAUCAUCAUCGUUAUCAAAAUUAUCUAUUCUAUUAUUCAUAUGCUUAAUUGUUGUCCAAGCUCAAAAUAAUGGUGAUGAUUCUUUAGAUUCCAUUGAUGCUAUUACUACACCAGAUUUGACAAAUGUAGAAAACGACCCAUCUACACCAAUCGCUACUUCUGAUGAUGAUGUUCCUAUAUCACCGACUACACCAUCUAUUGAACAAUCUACCGAUAUUCCAACCGUUGAUACAACUACUAUGCUACCUACUGAUCAACCCACUGAAACACCCAGUAUGACAUCAAAUAAUAUUGAUCCAACUACAGACAAUAUCGCUACUACUACGACUACUAUUACUAUUAUGACAACAACCACAACAGAGGAUGUACCCACUUCAACUAGUAUAGAAUCUACAUUUACUACUUACACUUCUGAAUUACCAACAGAAACUAAUGAUGCAUCAUCAGCCAUAACUACCAUCACGACAUCUUUUACUCAACAGACACCAAGCAUCACUGACUUUACCAGUAGCUCCAUUAUACCUUCAUCAUCAUCAUUAUCGUCGUCACCCUCAUCCUCAUCACCAUCGUCAUCGUCUUUUCCAUCAGCAUCUGCAAACCAAAAUACUGGUGGAUUAUCAUCAACACAAAAAUCAAUCAUCGGUGGAAUUGUAGGUGGAGUAAUAGGUACAGUCUUAAUUGGUGCAUUUGUAUUUUGGAUGGUUCGACGUACAAGGAAACAACGUGAAGCUGUCGAUUUUGAAGCGUUUAAUCCUCAACAUGAUUAUGAUGACCAUGCAUACAACAACAGCGUCAUCAAUAAUAAUGACAAUCAUUACGAUGGCAAUGUAUCUCGGUGGUCAAGAACUCAACUUCAACCAUCUAUGAUACAACCUUUUUCGUCUGAUCAAGCUCGAUCUCCAUUUUCGUAAUUAGUUUUACUUUAUUCUAUUUUUAUACAAAAUUUUUAUUUUAUUUUAUCAACAUUUGAAAUAAAAGUAUGGAUUUUUGGAUAAUUA